AUGCAACAACGACCCAGGUUAUUAUGUCUGGUGACUACGACCCCUGAUUAUCACGACACGAAAGCAAUCGCCGUAAACGAGACGUGGGGUAAAAGAUGUGACACUUUAUUGUAUGUGAGUUCCCAGACCUAUGAUGGCCUGGAUGUAAUCAAAAGCAACUGUAGUAUAGAGAAUCAUGACUACCUAUGGUGUAAGAAUCGCCAGGGUCUGGUUGAGGCCCACCGGCGCUAUAACGGGUCGUAUGACUGGCUUUUUAAGGCCGACGACGACACGUAUGUUGUGAUCGAAAACUUAUUACAUUUAGUGUCCGGACAUAACCCGUCGGAAGCCAUUUGCGCUGAAGCCGUGAACCGAUUGGUGACAUCGUUUGAGACCAAAAGAAAAUACUGCGAUAUAAGCGAGGAAAAGGGCCCUGAUGAUGUCUAUUUCGCAGCUUGUCUGGAGGGGAGUGGGACAGUGAUGGGCGAUGAUAGGGACUCGUUGGGUGAGCCCAGGUUUUUUCACUUCGCGCCGGACGCUAUGCUCAAUCCCCACGAUACCGUCUAUCACAAAAAGGCCUGGCUCAAGAACUAUGCCACCUAUAAUUUUUCAACCGGUAUGCAGUGUUGUAGCUCAAGCACAGUAUCGUUUCAUUACGUAACCCCUGAUUACAUGUAUGUCUUGGAGUUUUUGUUAUAUAAACUUAAAGUACAGGGAAUUGAUUGA